CUCAUCUUUAUUUCUUUAAGGUGCAGUGCCAGUUCUCUUCUCUCAGCAUCAUAUUUUGUUUGUUCUUGAUCACAGAAUGCAGAUCUUCCUGUAUGAUGUUUUUCUAUUUUACCUAAUGUUCUGUUUAAUCCUGUGUCACCAAACUGUAGCCUGGAUAUCAUUGUUUCCUCUUUCCUGGUUCUCCCUGUUUGCCUCGUCACACCUGUUUUUCUUUGGAUGCUGUAUAACCACCUUCCUGAUCUCUCUUCUUCCCACUGCUUUUGCCACCUUUCUUUCAACUUCUCCUUAACUGUGGAUUUCAUUUCUCUUUUACUAAGGGCUACUGUAAUGUCAGUGUGAUUCGUUUUUGUGGCUUCUUUUGCACACUUGUCAGCUAUUUCGUUUCCUUUGAUUCCUAUAUGUGCUGGUAUCCAUACAAAUGUCAUAUUUAGCCCCAUCAUUUCUAUAUAGUGUUUGUUGUAUCUCUAUUAAGACAUCUGGUCUGCUGUCUGAAUGGCUGUGCUUCAAACUGAUUAAUGAUGAGCUGGAAUCAGAGCAUAUUACUGCUCUCAAAGGUCUCACAUCUUCACCCGUUGCAGUGCUAAUCACCAGCAUCUCCCCUGCAUACACCGACACUCCAUCACUGAUUCGUUUGCCAAUUUUAAUGUUGAAAUCUAGAACUAUGAAUAAAAUACCAAUUUUGUUAGCAAUGUUCUCUGAAGCAUCUGUAUAAAUUUGAACAUAGCUGUGGUAGAUACUUUCUGUAUAUGUCUGUAUUAUCUGUGGAUGUAAAAUGAGCUCCUUAUCUUUGUUGUUUUUGCCAAGUCAUGUGAGCUCUACAGUCAGGUCAGGGAGUAUCCAAGGAUGUAUUACUGGGAGUGAUACUGUUGGACUAAUGUAUAUUUCAGUUACUCCUAGUUCUUUUGCUUUCUGCUCAAUUGUCGAUCCAAAACUUUGUUUCUCUCCUCUCCUUUUCCCAACAGGGUUUUAGUGCAUCUAGCGUUGGAUGAUCUUCUUUAUGUCCUUUUAAAUGAACCCAGUAGUUUAAAGAUAGCUGUGCUCUCCUUAAUUCCAGUGGCAUUUCUCCCAUCUCCACUUGUAAUGCUGAUGUUGGGGUUGUUCUGAUGGCACCUGAACAUAGUCUUAAAGCCUGAUAUUGAAUGUUGUCUAACUUUCUGAGAGCUGUACUUGCUGCAGAUCCAAACACUACACACCCAUAAUCUAAUACUGAUCUUAUUAAUCCUGUAGAUGGUUUUCAAUGCUGAUCUCUCUGCCCCCCAUUCACUUCCCACCAGACUUCUCAUUACAUUUAAUACUUUUUUACACUUGUCAGUUACCUUCUGAAUAUGUACUGCCCAUGUGACUCUUUCAUCAAACCACAACCCUAGAAAUGUAAAUUGUUUCACUCUCUCCAAUUCUUGAUUAUAUAAUUUUAAUUUUAAAUUACUUUCAUUUAUUUUUCAUGUAAAGAACAUUGUCUUUGUUUUGUCUACUGAGAACUUAAAUCCCCACUUAAAUGACCAUUCUUCUAUUUUAACAAUAGCCUCCUGUAUUUUCUUCACACUAAAUUCCAAAUUCCUUCCUCUUUUCCAUAUUGGUCCAUCAUCCGCAAAAAGAGAGCAUCCCACCCCAUUCUCCAAAUUCAGAAAAACAUCAUUUAUCAUAAUAGAAAAUAACACAGGACUCAAUAUACUCCCUUGUGGAGUUCCAUUCUCGACAAAAUAAUUUCCUGAAUAACACUUCCCUAUUUUUACUUGAAUCAAUCUUCCCUAUAAAAAGUCUUUGAUCCACCUAUACAUCAGGCCAUUAACCCCUAAUUUACUAAAUUUAAUUAAUAAUCCUUCCACAUCAUAGCAUAAGCCUUCUCUAUAUCAAAAAAGAUGGCCACUAUGCUUUCCCUAUUAAUCUGCGCUUUCCUUAUUUCAUAUUCUAAACAUAAAGCAGGGUCCAUGGUAUUUCUGCCUCUUCUGAAUCCACUUUGAUAUUUUGAUACACAGCCUUUGCUUUCCAUAUAAUACGCCAAUCUUACAUUUAUCAUUCUCUCCAUUAUUUUGUAUACAUUGGAGGUUAAGGCAACAGGCCUAUAAUUAUCUGGGUUUGUGCAAUCUUUUCCUGGCUCACGUAUCAGAACUACAACAGCUUCUUUCCAGACUUGUGGCAUUUUCCUUUCUCCCAAACCUUAUUAUAUAGUUCCAGUAAAAUGUCCUUAGAUGAUUCACUAAGAUGAUUUAUCAUAGUGUAACAUAACUGAACUGCUGGAAACCCAUCGAUCUACUCCUCCAGUACCAUAUUCCUCUGCACUCAGCCCUACUUCAGUUAAUAUGGGAUAGUGGUCACUUCCUACUGUUGUUUCUCUUACAAUUUCCCACAUGCAAAUACCCGCCACUGUUUCUGACACUAAAGUAAGAUCUAUGGCUGAUUCUGUACCCUUUCUAACAUCAGUUCUGGUACCAUUUCCAUCAUUGAGGCAUAUUAGGUUUCUGAUUUCCAUUAGCUCUUCAAUCACCUCUCCAUUUCCAUCAUUAUAGCUUCCCCAAAAUGUACUAAAUGUAUUCUUCAAUACUCUAUAUUGCAUUUCUUGUUUCACAAAUACUAUACAGCCUCCUCCAUUUCCCUCCACUCUAUCUCUGUAUACUAUUAUAUCCUUUUAUUACAAGCUCUAAUGCUGGCUUAAGCCAUGUUUCUUGAAUACAUGUUAUUUUCAGUUUCUUUCUGAGACCUUUAACAAACCCUUUAAAUUCCUGACCGUUUGCUAUUAAACUCCUUGCGUUCCACUGAAGAAUAAUCAUUAGGUUCUUUCUCCCAAGACCCCCGGUUUCCCUUCUUCCUCAAGUGUUUUGUUGAUCUGUUCCCAGGACAGAUCUUUCAUAGCCAAGAAUUUUUCAGCUCCCUUCACAAUUAUUUUGAUUUUCUCUGUUUUGUGUUUAACUUGAUCUGCACAGUUGAUUACAUAAGCAAUGAACAAAACCAGCUUAUCUGCUGUCAGUUCUAUAGUUUGCCCUCUUCGACCUCCUUCUGGUCUUGAAUUUUGACUGCUUUUGUCUGUUUCUUCCAUUCCCUUUUGUCUUUGCACCAUCUUCACUGCUUCAGCAUAACUUAUGUUGUUAAUUGUUUUUAACUUGUUGAAUUUCCACUGCUCUUUUCCUGACUUCACAACCCCCAAAUGCCGCACUGUGUUGGCCGCCACAGUUACAACAUUUAGUCUGCACAUGAUCUCCACAUUCCCUAAAUCUGUGAUCCCCUCCGCAUUUGCCACACCUUUGCAAACCAUCGCUAUAUGCCCAUACCUAUCUUUAUUUUAUCCGGAAGUACCAGGUCCUGGAGCUCUAGAAGCACUGACAAACUUUCUCCUCUCUCACCACUGACUGUCUUUAACAACCUCUUUAGUCUCAUCACCUCGCCUCCAUGAAGACUUCGUUUGAGUUUCUCCAGAUCUUCAUCAGUGGGACUGCCUGUCAUCACUCUCCGGGUAACUUUAAUCUCACCUACAACUCUUCUUUCACACACGGUUCUUUUGCAAAUGCUUUCAACCUGCAAAGCUUUAUUUCUCUGUUCUUCAUCUCUACAUUUUAUCAACAGGUUCCCAUCUCGAAGAAUCUUGGCCAUUUCUCCUAACUUCUUUGUCAGCUCCCUAGAUAACGCUAUUGGGCUUAUAUUCAGCUGCUCAUCUUCCCUCCUGAAUAGGCCUUCGGUGUCUGCUGACUCGGACACAGAGUCCUCCACAAUGGUCGUGUCCUCGUCCCACUCCUUGAGGCUGAAGUAUAUGUCUCUGGGGGUGCUGGUGUUGCAGACUACCUCGCUGGUGCUCACCAUGCGCUACUCCCGCACCCUGAAGGAAGACGGCCCCCGCUACCUAGCCUCGUCCGCCGUGGUGUCGGCCGAGGUGCUCAAGAUCCUCACCUGCACCCUCCUCGUCUUCAUUGAGAACAAUUUCAGUGUGCGGGCAAUGAACCAGCUGCUGAAGGAAGAGAUUGUAAACAAGCCCAUGGAUACCAUGAAGUUGGCCAUUCCUGCAGGGAUCUACACGCUGCAGAACAAUCUGCUCUAUGUUGCCUUAUCCAACCUAGAUGCAGCCACCUAUCAGAUCACGUACCAGUUGAAGAUUCUCACCACAGCUCUGUUUUCUGUCUCCAUGCUGGGGAAGAGGUUGACCUUCUACCAGUUGCUCUCGCUGCUCUUCCUCAUGGCUGGAGUCACUCUAGUGCAGUGGCCCACAGAGUCGGAAGUUGACUCUGAGCAGAAGAUCCUGUCGGCAGGGUCCCAGUUUGUGGGAAUGAUGGCUGUGCUGAUGGCCUGUGUGUCCAGUGGUUUCGCUGGAGUUUACUUUGAGAAAAUCCUCAAGGAGACUAAACAGAGUGUGUGGGUCCGUAACAUACAGCUGGGUUUGUUCGGCUUUGUGUUUGGCUUCAUAGGAACGAUAGUGUAUGACGGCCAGAGAGUGAGACAGUCGGGAAUGUUUCAGGGCUACAACUCUAUCACCUGCACAGUUGUUGUCUUACAGGCUCUGGGCGGGUUGGUCAUAGCAGUGGUCAUCAAAUAUGCAGACAACAUCCUCAAAGGAUUUGCUACCUCUCUGUCCAUCAUCGUGUCCACAUUCAUUUCAUAUUUCCUGUUGGAGGACUUUAACCCUACUAGUGUAUUUUUCCUAGGGGCAGUGCUGGUUAUUGCUGCCACAUUUCUUUACAGCUACGAGCGCAGGCCUGCAAGUAGCAGCACCAUCAAAGUUUAAACAGAGACCUCUGAACUGUGCUACUUGAUGGAAGUGAUGACCGGCAUCCAACAUAGACCGAGCAAGACUCUAUGAACUGUGAGAGUGAGUUUGGCGUGCGGGAAUUAAGAACGCGGGAAAAGUGGUGAUAAAACCUGUUACUGCCAAACAACUACAGCUGGAGAAUGUUGAGACUGAAUGUGCCCCAUCACUCCUGGAAAAAUACUGCUAACAUGCCAUGUCAACAGACACUGAUGCAAUAAAACAUAACAUAACAUUC